AUGGCGGGCCUGGCGCGGGCCGUGCGGCGGGCGGCGGCUCCCGGCCGGGUCUCCGCGCCCCGCAGAGGGGGCGGCGGGGCCGGGGCGCGGCCCUGGGGCUGGGGGCUGGCGCUGGGGCUGGCUCUGGGGGUUCGGGCGGCGCCCGCGGGAGGCGAGGCUGAGAGCGGGCGGGAGGAGAAGCCGCCCCCGCGGGGUUUCGGCGCGGCCGUGGAGAGGAGCAGGGAUCUGGUGCGGAGGAUCAAGGAUGAAGCAGGAAUCCCAGGUAUAUUAGUUGGAGUUUCUGUCGAUGGAAAGGAAGUCUGGUCAGAAGGCUUGGGCUAUGCUGACGUAGAGAACCGUGUGGUGUGCAAGCCAGAGACCAUCAUGCGCAUCGCCAGCAUCAGCAAGUGUCUUACAAUGAUGGCUGUUGCUAAAUUGUGGGAAGAGGGGAAACUGGAUUUAGAUGCUCCAGUGCAGAAAUAUGUCCCCGAAUUUCCAGAAAAGGUCUACGAGGGUGAAAAGGUGACUAUUACCACAAGAAUGUUAGUUUCACACUUGAGUGGGAUUCGUCACUAUGAAAAAGAUAUUGCAAAAGUAAAAGAAGAAAAGGAAAAAGUAAACAGAGCACUUAAGCUAACAAAAUCCCAUCAGGACAAAGAACAAAAAGAAAAAGAAGGUAAAGGGAUUGAAAAAACCGAUUGUGUCAAACAGAAGAAAGAACAUGAUAGCCAGACAAAAAGCCGAAAUUCAAAGCCUGGCAGGAACGACAAGGAGUUUGAACAGGAAGAGUAUUAUUUGAAGGAAAAAUUUGAAAGUGUGAUUGAAUCACUGAAAAUAUUUAAAAAUGAUCCUUUAUUCUUUAAACCAGGUAGUCAGUUCUUGUACUCAACAUAUGGCUUUACUCUCUUGAGUGCUGUUGUGGAGAGAGCCUCAGGACAAAAAUUUACAGAUUAUAUGCUGAAAAUGUUUCGUGAUUUGGAUAUGCUGUCAACUGUCCUAGAUGACAAUGAAGCAAUGAUAUAUAACAGAGCAAGGUGUUACGUUUACAACAAAAAGGGACGGCUGGUGAACGCACCGUAUGUGGACAACUCCUACAAGUGGGCUGGCGGUGGCUUUCUGUCAUCAGUAGGUGACCUCCUGAAAUUCGGAAAUGCCUUGUUGUACAGUUAUCAGGCCGGACAAUUUAAAAACAGGAACGGCAAACUUCUUCCAGGCUACCUCAAGCCAGGCACGGUCGCAAUGAUGUGGACGCCGGUGCCAAAAACAGAAGUGUCGUGGGACAGGGAUGGUAAAUACGCCAUGGCUUGGGCCGUGGUGGAGAAAAACCAACAGUACGGCUGCUGCAGACAGCAGAGACACUACGCAUCCCACACCGGCGGCGCCGUGGGGGCCAGCAGCGUCCUCCUCAUCCUGCCCGAAGAGCUGGACCCUGAGGCUCCGGGUGCUUGGCCAGAGGCACCCCCGAGAGGAGUAAUUGUCACGAUUAUCUGUAAUAUGCAAUCGGUUUCGCUCAACAGCACCGCCUUAAAGAUCGCAAGGGAAUUCGAUAGAGAGAAACGGGCACAACACAGAGAGUAAAGGAGAUGGGUGUGACUGAAUUCACCGUAUGGAAAAACAAAGGGAGAAGGGCGUGAUUGGACUUCAAGUUCACUAAGAAUAUGGGAAGAAAAAGCAUAAACAAUUCACUUAAUUAACCUCUGCUAGUGGUGCUAAACUCACGUCUAACUGGAAUUCAUCUCUCAGGGAAGUUCCUAACUUACAGAAAAUGAGAAUGUAACAGUCAAAGGUGACUUUCUGUAGUACCUGUGUAAAUUAUCAUUAUAUUGGGUUAUUUUUACCAACUAGUGAAACACUUGAUCAAAAUUUUAAAAAGUAGCUUUUUUUUUUUGCACUAAGAAGUACAAAUUAUUUACCUUGAAUGUUAAACUUGUGAAAAAUUCCACGUCUUGAUUUGAGCACACAAAUACAUUGCUUGUUAUUCUCACAGUUCUAGUCUGCCAAAAUUGUUAAGUAUUGCUUCUUAAAGAAAAAUCGUGUCACCAUUGCUUUUUGUUUUCACAUACCACUUUCUUUAUUUGCUUAAAAAAACAACACAACCCAAACCUUGAAGCUACCUCCAGAAUGCAGAUUUAUACCAGAAGCAGGCUUGUGGAUUAGAAGCUAGAAAAGAAUGAAUCUAGAGCAAUGUAAGUAAAAAUCGUUUUGUUAUUUCGAUGUCCUCUCAUCCAUUUUUAUUGGACACAGAACGCGUGAAAUCAGUUUGCUGUUCAAUAAAGGUAUUAUUUCUAAAGUCAAAUCCUCCCAAAUAGCAGAAUGUCCACUGCCUUUCUCUGGACAUUCCAGCUCCUCAGUGUCUUUCUUGGAGUGAGGGGCCCAGAGCUGGAUGUGGAACUAGAGGUGUGAGAUUUUCUAAUCUCCAGUUUUACAAUGGGAAUAAAGCAGCAUCUGAAGUGAAUUUUAUAUCUUUCCCAAUGGCAUGGAAAAUCUCUGUCAUCUCAAAGAUUUACCCCCCACCUCACUUUCCCUGCAGUUACAUUAGACAGUAUUUCCAGGCUGAGACAAAACAGAAGCAUCUUUCAGGAAAGGUUUCAAUCCUUCCUGCACUGCCUAGCAGCUCUGUUUCUCUGAAUUUAAGGAGCAAGAUGUCUUGGAUAGCAGCUAGCAGAUGAUAGCCCUACCUGCCUCUUUCCCAAACUAAAGCAUUCAUUAUUAUCUUCAGAGUUGUUACCUGCCCUGUGCUGCUACAGCAUGCUGCCAUCUCUGCUCCCACUAUGCCUAUGGUAAUAUUUAUUACCCAAGACCAAGAAACUGGGAAAUUGAGUAUUUUGAGGGGUCAGUCUUUACAUUUUUUAAUUGCAGCUAGUAAGACUAGUUUAGUAUACUCUUCAUAAUUAUAAUCAUUACUGUACCUUAAAAAUUGUUUGCUUGGGGUUUCUGGCCCACUCACUAAAAUUUCACUUUUUUAUUAAUUGAUAACGUAUUGUCUUUAUCUCAAGAGUAUCUGAUCAGUGAAAAGAACAGAGAGAAUCCUUCUGAAUGACCUUUCAUUGGUCAGGCAAUAAAUUAUCUCCUCUUCCCCUGAAGUCUUUGGUUUUGUCUGACAGUUCCAAUAUAGAAGUACCCGGGCUCUUCCCCCAGUCUUGAGCACCUAUUAGCUGGGGAAACAGCAGAAGUCAGCGCUAGUUUUAGACAGGGAAUGAAAAUAAACACUUCUGGUUUUGUGUUGAACAUCUGAAUACAAAUAGACCAAACACAAUGUUUUAAAUGCAGAAAAUCCGAAAAGUAACAAUUAUUUUAGGAUUUUCAAUGUAUGAGACACCUGUUUUGCAAAUGGUAUUUCUUAUUUUUGAAAACCAUUUUGCAUACUUGAGAGAAUACAAGUUUCACUUUCUGAGAGUUGUGUGUCUCAACCUUAGACAAAAGAUUGAGAAUGUAGAAGGUGGAGGUUUAAUGCUUUGCUUGUUUGCAUAUGACCAAACAUUAACAAAUGUAAAUAUUUGAAGUAUGUAUGAAAAUGAAUAAGGGUAAAAACUAAGGCAUUGCUAAAACCAUGAUAUUAAUGCCAGUGUCUCACUCCCCACAUAGACUAUGUUUAGCCACCUUUUUUUUUUUUUUUUUUUUUUUUUUUUUUUUUUUUUUUCCCCACACCAUGUUCUUUAUACUUGUUCUCCUGUAACUUAAGGCUUUAAAAAAGCCUCUGAUGUUACAUGUGCAGUACUGGAGAUGCUUUGAUGUCUACAUUUCAUCUUCUAGUACCUGGAACAAAAUGGGUCUCUGACAGUCCCUGCUUUGGUAUUAAUCAUGAGUUCUUAUCUUUUAGGGUAGAGAAGGUAGAGAUAGGAGAGAUUAGAAAUCAUUCUUAGCAUUCAGGUCACAAUUAAUAUUACUACUUUGAUCUUUGUUCUAAAACCAGUGAUUGAUGGGCUGGCAUUGUAUGUGGGAAACUGUCUGGGCAAUUAAGAGCAGCCUUCAUGAUAAAAAACUUACUUGUGAAUGAACCUUUGUUGUGAGUGGCACUGACAUAAACCCCUACUCUUCUUAGAAGGCAUGUGGAUUCCACUGGUACACCUGUCUGUAUCAAACACCUCCUUCUGCAUAUGGCAAUUACAUGUUUGCUCUUUGAAAUAACAGAAAUAAAACUUACCUUGCAAAUGCAA